AGCCUUGCCACAGUUUAGCCUUGCGUCACGCGCGGCGCGCGUCCGGCGUGGUGGUGGCGGUUGAGCUCUGUGUAAUUCCGGUGCCCGGCGUUCAUCGGCAGGAAGUCAUGGCUGUCCAGAUCGCGGAAGGUCUGCAGAAGGAGGUGCUGAAGCAGGGCACUGGGCCCCGGCCUAGUCCGGGUGACACCAUCACGGUCCAGUGUACUGGCCAGCUCCAUGGCAACCCUCCCAAGAAAUUCUGGAGCACCACCGACCCCGGCCAGAAGCCGUUCACCUUCCAGGUCGGCCUGGGCAAGGUGAUCGCCGGCUGGGACGAAGGCUGCCUGACGAUGGCGCAGGGCGAGCGGGCGCGCCUCAUCAUCGCGCCGCACAAGGGCUACGGCGCUGGAGGCUUCCCCGCGUGGGGCAUCCCACCCAACGCCACGCUCAACUUCGAGAUCGAGGUGCUGAGCGUCAGCAAGUAGGCGGCGGCGCGAGGAGGAAGGCGGCCGGGCGGCGGAUCUCGCGCGGUGUGGCCGCUCUGCUGCGGGUGCGCGCCCCAGCUCGGACGCGGUCGGCACCCUCCUGCCACCUCUGCAGUUUGUGUCGAUCUGGCGCCACCAGUGGCAUCCGCACUUCACGUCUUGUUCGAUCCCUGUCAGUGACAUUCGCUGGCAAGUCUUGUCCACUCAGCCAUCAACAUGCAGUGUUCACGCUGUCGCGAUCAGUGUGGCGUGUCCAAAUCCUGACCACCUGACGUAUAAAAUGGGAUAACCUAGAACUAUUAAGGUGUUUGCUUUCAUGACGCUGCAUGGAUUCACUGGGCUCUGCAGUUUCAAUCCACUGGCCUGAUGAGUUUGUUGGCUACUCUUUACUCUAUACUAGCGCGCAGUUUUCUGUCCUCUUGUUUGGUCAUUCAAAUUUUGUAUGUAAUCGAACUCCAUUAUGCUCUCUUCCGGGCAUCUCUUAGCUGUGCUGCCGUGUUGCUUUUACGCCGGACUUUUUGAUGAUUUUGUCGUGCUCAUCAUGGUCGUAGCUUCUCACAUGAUCCUAUUGGAACCUUUUGCUGCCCACUGGGCCCGAAGUCGUGUUCGGUGGUUUCUGUGAAACUCCUGGCGGGUGGUGUGUGCUCCAAUACAGCAUUGCCAUCUAAC